AUCAGCUGGAGACAAGAUGGCGGGCAGAGGACUGAAGCCCGGCUCUGGAGUCAGUGCGCAGCCUGGGCGACACUGCGUCCUCGCCGCCGCUGGCUCCACACACUGGUAAAGUACUGUCGCCUGAGCGACUCACAGGGGGAAAAGACAGCGAGAGAAUCGUUUUCUUUAGAGGAGGAGGAGGCGGAGGAAGGAAGGGAAAUUCCCCGGCCGUCAGUCAGAAACGGAGACCCCACUUACUGCUGAGUUUUGAGUCUUUGUGACCAAGCGGCUCGCUUGAAUUCGGCCAUGUAUUUCCUGAGCGGCUGGCCCCGGAGGCUGCUAUGUCCCCUCAAGGGCUCGGAGAAGCCGUUUCACAUCCAGCCCGACUCGCGGAAACUGGUGUUCGCGCUCCUGUCGCAGUCACAGAUCAGCCUAUGGUACAGCAGGCCCAGUGUUUUAAUUGUAAGCUACAAGGAAUCUGCAAAGGCGGCUUCACGGUUUGGAUCGUAUGAAAAGACAGAAUGGAAGCCUGACAGCAGCAUGUUUGCAGUUGCGACUGCAAAUGGGUACAUCUUGCUCUUUGACAUUGUGUGCUCGGAACAAGAGAAAUACUUAUAUGAACCAGUAUAUCCCAAAGGAAAUCCAAGAGUCAAAGUCACUCCAGGUUACAAGGAGGAACAAUGUGCUCCAUCCCUAACUGUGGAGAUGAAGAAAGUGCUUGAUUUCCAAGCAAAAAUCACAAGAAAACGUAUAGGUUGCUCACAAAGCAGUGGCCAUCAGAAUGGCAGAAAGGAAAAAGUGAAGAAGGUGUACUUUGAUGGGAAGGUGAAUCCGGGAGAAUACAGAAUAGGACAUCGGGAACAGAAUAUGGCUGUGACUGGUGGUCUUGCAUGGUGGAAUGACUUUAUUGUUUUAGCAUGUUAUAAUUUGAUCGACCAACAGGAAGAGCUACGACUUUAUCUCCGGUCAUCCAACCUAGACAAUGUUUUUGCUCAUAUUACCAAAGUGCAAUCAGAGACUUUGCUCAUAAAUGUCUUCAAGGACAUGGUGAUAUUGUUCAGAGUGGACUGCUCUAUUUGCUUAUACAGUAUUGAUCGGAAAGAUGAUGGUCCUAAUCCCACUGCCAGUGUUCAGGUUCUUCAGGAGGUAUCCAUGUCACGUUACAUCCCACAUCCUUCACUCGUGGUAUCAAUAACUUUGACCUCUGUGAGAACAGAGACAGGCAUCACCUUGAAAAUGCCACAGCAGGCCUGUGCUGCAGAGAGCAUUAUGCUCAAUUUAGCAGGUCAGCUUAUCCUGCUACAAAGGGAUCGAUCAGGUCCUCAGGUACGAGAGAAGGACAGUGUUUCCAAACAAAAGAAACUGCUCCCAUUCUGUGCUCCAGUGGUGCUUGCCCAGUGUGUUGAAAACGUAUGGACUACCUGCCGAUCUAAUAAACAGAAGCGUCAUUUGCUGGAGGCUCUCUGGCUUAAUUGUGGAGAAGCAGGGAUGAAAGUCUGGCUCCCUCUUUUUCCUAGAGACAAUCGCAAGCCACAUUCCUUUCUGUCCAGACGGAUCAUGUUGCCUUUCCAGAUCAAUAUUUAUCCCCUGGCUGUCCUAUUCGAGGAUGCCUUGGUCCUUGGUGCAGUGAAUGAAACUGUGCUGUAUGACAAUUUAUACACACAUAACAAUGAAAAAGAACCUUUGGAAGUCCUAUUCCCUUUCUGUACUGUUGAGAGGACCUCCCAAAUCUACCUCCAUCAUAUUCUUCGCCAGCUCCUGGUCAGAAACCUUGGUGAACAGGCUCUGCUCCUGGCUCAAUCUUGUGCCACAUUACCAUACUUCCCUCAUGUACUGGAACUGAUGCUUCAUGAAGUAUUGGAAGAAGAAGCUACCUCUCGGGAACCUAUUCCUGACCCUCUGCUUCCAACUGUGGCAAAAUUCAUCACUGAAUUUCCUCUCUUUCUCCAGACAGUAGUUCACUGUGCUAGAAAGACUGAAUAUGCCUUGUGGAAUUAUUUGUUUGCUGCUGUAGGCAACCCUAAAGAUUUGUUUGAAGAGUGUCUGUUGGCACAAGACUUGGACACUGCUGCAUCUUAUCUCAUCAUCUUGCAGAACAUGGAGGUCCCUGCGGUCAGUAGACAGCAUGCCACACUGCUUUUCAGCACAGCUCUGGAACAAGGAAAAUGGGAUCUUUGUCGUCAUAUGAUCCGUUUCUUGAAAGCCAUUGGUGCAGGAGAAUUGGAGACCCCUCCACCAACUCCAACCCAUCAGGAACCCAGCUCAACUGGUGGGUUUGAGUUCUUCAAACAUAGAAGCAUCAGUUUUUCACAGUCAUUGGAAGGUCUCACUGCUAGUAAAUUUAAUCUGCAGAAAACAUUAAGCAUGCCUUCAGGGCCCUCGGCCAAAAGGUGGAGUAAAGACGUUGACAGUGCUGAGAAUAUGUAUAUAGAUGAGAUGCUUUGGCGUCAUGCACGAAGACUCCUGGAAGAGAUGCGGCUAAAAGAUCUCAGUAGCUUUGCUGCACAACUGGGUUUUGAGCUUAUUGGCUGGCUCAGCAAAGAAAGGACUCGAGCAGCACGAGUCGAGGAUUUUGUUAAGGCUUUAAAAAGACUGCAUAAUGACUUUCUUUGGCCAUUUCCUGUUAUUCCUUCCAGCUGUUUAGUAAAUUCACCAUUCAAAAAUGGCAAAUAUAAAACAGUUGGAGAACAGUUUCUUAAAUCGCAGUCAACUGAGACUUUUGUAACCAGUGAUUUGGAGAGUGGAGUCAUAAAUGCACGUGCUGGUCACAGCUGCCUUAGCCUUAAUACUGCACACACACAAAUAGAUUCUGGCUCAUUGCAAGGACCUCAGACACAAGAUGCGAUUCUGUCACCGUUACUUUCAAAAGGUGAUGAAUGCAGUAUCGGGUCAGCUACUGAUCUUACAGAAACCAGUUCUAUGGUAGAUGGUGACUGGACUAUGGUGGAUGAAGGUUUUUCUGCACUCAGUCUAACACAGUCUGAAUUGGAAUAUAUAUCAAUGGAGCUGGCCAACAAAGGCCCUCGCAAGUCACAGGUUCAGUUAAGGUAUCUGAUGCACGUUUUUAUGGAAGCUAGCUGUUUGGAGUGGUGUAUAAUUAUAGCCCUUAUUCUUCAAGAUUCUGCUGUGAUCUGUCAGAUAAUUAGUUCAAUCCAACACUCCGAGGUUCCCAUGGAUAUUUUGCAGGGUAUAAAAAGUGGGAUGCUAGCUGUGGAUGGCUGGGCUUUAGCAGAUUGCCCUGGAUACAAGCCAUUUCUGAAUCGUAUAAAGCCCCAGCUGCAGAAAUUGAGCGAGGUCACAGAGGAGCAGAUUCAGCCCGAAUCUUUCCAGCCUUUGAGCAGGCUGAGUAUAUCAAAGACAGUGGAGCCUCCUAGCCCUUGGACAGAGGACAAUAGAAAUACUGCAAGUCAUAUUAACAGUAUCCAAAAUGAUGGCAGUGGGAUUACCAGCAGGCAGGAAGAAGAUGGUCAAGGAGAAGAGGAAGAGGAGCAACUUGAGGAUGAAGGGAGUUACGAGUGUUCUCUGUCAUGAAUUGGUUAUCUUCGGACAGCUCCAUUCCAAACUUUAGAAAUGACAAAUGGAUCACUGGUGCCUUGUGUUAGUGUUGUGCACAUGCCUUACUGCGUACUAGAGAAAAAUGUGUCUCACGUAGAAAUAUAAAACAUCAAUUUUGAUGUUUCAUGCUCUCCAAAAGUAAAAGCAAUAGCUUGGAGUCACUUCUGGAGUUUGCUGACAUGUACAGUCCCAGUCCAGAGAUCACUUCUGUGAAUGAGAUUUUUCAUCCCCUGUGCUCCCUGGUAUAAUUGAAUGUAUAAGCUGCAAAAUUGUUAGAAAAAUGAAUUCAUGAUAGUGAGGAUGACUUAUGGAAAAAUAUGUUUGUGAAACAGUGAUAUUUUAUUGCUGCAUUUGUUGGUAUGUGACUGCAUUCCACUAAUGCCUUUGCAAGAGGCUUUGUUCUUUCAUGUGGCUAGAUAAUGCUUCCAUUCUGGCAUGACUGAGGGAGUCUCAAAGUUUCUGUCGGGACAGAGCAGUGUCCCAAAUUCCAGUUCAUUUUUGGUCAGUCCAGAGAGUUCAAAGAACACAGGCUGCAUAUGACAGAAGUGAAAAAGCGAAAUAGAGGCAAUUUAUUCACUACUAGUGUCUUGAGUGAUGGAAUGGCUGCGCGUUUGGAAGCAUUGUAAUAUUUUUAACAUCUGAAUAAUUUGACUUUUUAAGGAGAUUUGAAUUUUGCAUCUAACUACAAGUUAAUCUGUUAUGAUUUUUCUGUGCUCACGGUGGCUUAGAAAUUAUUUUAGAACUGAGCCAUAAUGUAAUGCAGAGACCUGGAAAAUACAUUUACCAUGACUUGUUUUUCUAUUACUGUUUUGGCAUUGAGUUUUUAAACAUUCUUAUGUCUGUAAGCAUAACUAAAGCCAGUGACUAUUCCAUAGGAAAGUUGCAAAAUACAGAUCACUUGUAAACAGUCAAGAGGAAAGCAUAGAGUUUAAUCUAAAAGAAGUGUUUAAGUGCUAUAGUAAUUUGAAAGAGGUAAGUGUUCAUUUUCCAUAUCAGUGGUGUCUCUUCUGCAGGCCCUGAAUGCUACCCCGUACAACUUGAAGUGAGAAAUGAAAUAUUUUUAAAAUAUUCUUCAUGAUUUUUUAAGAUAAUUAAUUUCCAUUUCAUUUGGAUUGAAAGCAUUACUACAGGCUCCAGCUACUAAGGUGUACCUGUAUACCCUUUCCACUGGGUUGAUCUUAAGCUGUUAAUAGGGUUGUUGGGGACAUAACAAGGGUGCAUACAGCCUCUUGGAUUGCAUUCCCUGGAAUUAAGGUGCUCUUAGAUCCAAGAAUUGGUGCUUACUGUGAUAGAGUUGUAAAGAAGGAAUAAGCUGCCAUUAAAGCCACAUCUAUCCCAACAACCUGCUAUGGUUUCUUCCUGUUGGUACUUGGGAGGAUAAGUAAAUUGUGCUUUUCACAAUAUUAUUCAUGAAAAACAAGCUCCUGGUAUCUACAGUCCCCCUAACAAAGGUUCAACCUUGCACUUGUCCUUAGUCCAGUUGAUGAUCCUCCUGCAUGUGGAUACGGGAGAGAUGAGCAGAGUCCUUUUGAGGUUGGCCUGAUUCCAGGAUGAAGCACCCUAGUUACAUUUGUUCAGAACCAGAUUUGCACUGGAUUCAAUAAUCCAGUAGCUGAUCUACAUGGGUCUUGCUUGUCAAUAAUUCUUGCUUGGGCUGUACCAUUUUUGACCUACAAUACUACACAUGCUUCAGGGUCUCUAACCAAUGGCUGUUCCUAGGCUCUUUGGACUUGAAAAGUAGGAUGUUCCUGUACAGAUUAAAAAUAUGCAUUCCAUACUAAGCAAACAAAUUUCACCAUUAGGAGACUUCUAAACAUGGUGUGUUUCCAUAUGGAUUAAACCAUCAUCUAGCCAAAAUCAAAGUCAAAACAAAAUCUUUUAUACAAUAGGUAAUAGUUUUCUAAAAUAGCCCUCCUUGGGUCUUUGAGUUGGCCACUGGUAGCGAGGGCAUAUACAAAUCAUGCAUUCUUAAUGCUUAUGAACUUGUUUCGCCAAUUACUGAAUAUUUCAUUCUCUGAUUGCUUGUCUUCAGAAAAAUUGAUCACUGUUUAUAUAUGGUGUAAGGCAGAUGCACAACAUUUGUACGAGACUCUUGUGUUCAAGUUGAUUUUAAAACCUGCUGUGUUGGUGCUUUAGGAAUUUUUGUAUUGACCUUUUUUUUUCCUAAACAAAAAGUGCAUUUCAAAUUCAGUGUAAUGUGUAAUCAUUAACUUCACUGCUCUUGCGGAAGCUGUUUAUAUUGUACAGUGUUCAGGCAGAACUCCUUGUUUAUGCAUGUGUUGCAUGAGUUCACAGUAGCUGUCACACAUUAGAAACUGUGAUUUUGAUUGAAUCUGAAUUUGGUACCUUGUAAGAUCUUUUGUGUGAUUUGAUUGUAAAAUAAAUACCAUUGCUUUGUAGAGAGGGCUGGAAAUGACCCUUUUUAUGAAAAUUAUGCAUUAUCAGUCAGACUAUUUUAACAGGUUUGAAUUUAGAAAUGCUUUUAUUUAUUCCUUUUCAAGAAAGAACUUGAGCUUUUGUUCUAAAUGCAAAUGGUAUUUUUAAUGUAAAUACAAUAAAGCUAAAAUCAUGUUUAUACUUGCUAGUUAGGACCUAGCAAGAUGUACAUUAAAAAUGAAUGGCAACAAGCAGCAUUUUAAAGCUUUUAAUAAAAGCUGUCAUAACUAAAGCUUGAUUUAAAAAUUUGAUCCAUUUUCCAGGGAACAGACUCGCACACUGAUUAAUUUCCUGCUCUGAGUUUGAACGGAGUGCUGCAGUGUAUGAUCUCAUGUAGUGUACUGUCUUUGUAGCUGUUUCCUUUCAUUUUAAUUCAGUUAUAAUUAAAAGUACCUGAAGCAGUAUUAAAAGACAAAGAUAGCAUAUGUUUGUUACAGUGCAAUUUGAACAAAAAAUGCAAAAGUUGCUUAUUUUAUACAACAGAAAAUUGAGUAGUCUAUUUUUAUAGCUAAGCUGAAUUUAAUUGAAUUUUUAAUGUGGACCAAAUUAGUAACCUCGCCCUCAAACAGUAACUAGUAUACUAAUUGUAACUGUAUUGAACACAAGCGUCUUUUAUGCCUAUGUUCACAAGUCAAAAGAGAAUUAUUUAAACGGUAACAUCUCCUUUAAAAGAGAUUUUUUUAAAGAGCUUUAUUUUGUUUAAUGUGAUCCCGGUUAUUAGAAUGCACAGAGUUGAGACUGAAUUCAUGUUGUACAUGGACUGUACAGAAGAGCUCACUGUCUAUUGCAGUAUGGAUAUUAAACCGUGUGCAUUGACUGGUGAAUGAACCCAAGAAUUUGCUCGGCAAACUGAAGCCAGAUCCUUAUCUAAAUUUGAAGUGGAUCGGACAUGAUUAGUACACACUACAUUGUUAAUUAUACUUUGGACUAUCUUGCCUGUUUUCUGAGCAUUUUUUAUGCACAGUAACACCUUGAUAUGUAAUUGUAGCAUUAUGUUUAAAAUUGCUUACAUUUGAAAGUAAUUUUUUGUAUUCUUUCCACUAAUGUACUCAAUAUUCAGAGUAAAGAAUAUAUAUUUACACAAUUAGUUAACAUGACCACAAAAUAACUGCGUUAACGUCUGACAAUACCACAAAUCUAAUUGGAAGCACAGUGCAAAUCUAAUUGGCAGAAAUCCAAAGAACUUUUUAUAUUGAAACAGUAGUACCAGUGUUAAGAAAUUUUCACCAAAGUUCUAAAUGUUACAAAUGUAAUCUGAAACAAUUUUUAUACUUGAAAUACCGGAAUAAAAAAAUCCAACAACAAAAUACCCUCCUUCCUUUCAUGAUUUGACCUUGACACCUGUUAACACACAGACGAGAUGGUUAACUAUGACAGUUUGCCAGUUGAACGUAUUCUGUCUUAACCUCAUCAAUGAUUUAGCAACAUGGGCAUGAACUUAGGCUUUUUUGCAACAGUCAUUGAUGAGGUUUCAGUGUGCAGUGCUACUUUGUGGCAGUUCUCAUCUGUAGUACUUCUGGAAAUUACUUGCUAUUCUUGUCACAUGUACAAAUUCACAGCAAUAAACCGUUUUGAUCAUA